AAAUCGCCAGUCCACCCGCCAGACACUAGAAGCACAAAGCACUAGAACCAGCUGCACUUCGGCUCUACAGAAACAGAACAGAAACUGGGAAAUCUAUUUGGCAGAAAAAUAAAUACAUAAAUCAAUCAAAGUGAAAAUCGAAACAUGGAUUUUCUAAAUCACAAUUAUUUGAAUGCUGGAAACUCUUACGACUACACCUUCAAUUUUUGGAAUGACUAUCUUGGACUUUCUACUUUGGUGACCAAGAAUCCUAUUAACAAAAACACCAUGCCCCAAAGUCCGAAUUCCAUCACGGAGUCGCUGAAAGCAACCCUUGGCUUGGACGAUUCUGCGGCUUGCCCCUGUGUUGUCGGAGGCAGCGGUGAAGGUGGGCACUUAGACUGCUGUUGCCCCUCUUCAAGCCCACCCCCAACCUCCAUCCUCGACCUGGAGGAGCGCUUUUCCAUCUUCAAUCCAUUCCAGAACCAAAGCGGUGGAGUCCUCCCUCAAGACAGAGACUCCGGCUUUGGGGGCACCUUCGCCGGCUUCGACAUCUUUGGAAUGGAGAGAAGGGUGAGAAAGACAGCGCCGAGGAGUAAGCAGGAACCCAAGAUCUGUGUCUUCUGUAGGAAUAACGGGGCACCGGAGGAGGUGUACGGAUCGCAUGUGCUGAAGACGCCAGACGGGAGGGUAGUCUGCCCGAUACUCAGGGCUUAUACUUGCCCCCUGUGCAGUGCCAACGGGGAUAAUGCCCAUACCAUUAAGUACUGUCCACUUUCCAAAGAUCAGCCUCCCCAACGGCCACUGAAGGGGGGCAGGGCGGUUGGGGGUAAGAGACUGAAAAUAUUCUGAAAAAAAAAAAAAUAAAAAAUAAAUAAAUAAAUAAAUAAAUAAAUAAAAAACAAAUAAAUAAAUAUAAAUAGAUAAAUAAUCUAAAUUAAUUAGGAAAUUGCACUGAACCGCUUUCAGAUGACUGUUUCAAUUUAGGCUUUCCCUGGUCUUACUCGUUUUUUUUUUUUGUUCACAUAAGAAACACUUUCAUUUUGCUAAAUCAUAUGUUUUCAUGUGCAUAUAUUUUCUAUGAUCAUUUUAUAAUAGAGAGUACCCUAACCCAUUCAGUUUUGUAGGCGCUAGUUGGACUGUUACAGUAAUGUUCCUGAAAUUCUACUUUAUUCACGCAAAUCUUUUGUUACCCAUUAACUUCGGAGGGUUUUUUUUUUUUUUUUUUUAAUCUCAGAUCACCUUAUAAAUUGCUUGACUGAUGAACCAAAGUGUAUAGUUUAACAAAUAAUUAGUACUUACAAAAAAUGAGAAAGAAUGUCUGUUAUCUGUACUAUCGUUUAUUACUGAAGCUAAAUGCCAGUCUUGUUAAUUAAUUUUAGUUGAUUUUUGCAGGAGCAUCUGCACUGAUCAAAACAAUGUUCCACGUUGUAAAUCAACGGGAUUUAAUUUCCGUAGAGGAAAAAAAUAAGCCAGUAAAAUGUAUGUUAAUUGUUGCAUGUGUGUGGUUUGAGUACUUUACCAUAUUAACAGUUGCGUUGCCAAAUUAAAAAGAUACAUUUCCACAGGGAUUUUAAUACACGCUGUUGUUUUUGUUACACGGGAUGGAGUAGAGAAACAAUGUUUACAACCUGGAAGUAAGGUAGAACAACACU